UGGAAAUUCGUCAACUGGUUUUAGUUCGUACUUCGUCAUCAAAAUAAAGGAUUAGACAACAAUCAGCUUCAGCAAGAAAAAAAAGCGGUGUAACUUCAGAAAUGGAGUGUUGUCUCUCUCUUCACCCUUCUUCCUUCAUUACAGUCCCUUCAAACAUCAAAUUCAAACACCAUUGUUUCUCCCGUCCCAAAUUUCUUCGAGUUUCUUGCUCGUCUUCUUCAUCUUCUCCUUCUUCAAAGGAUUCUUUCGACUCUUUUCCUAUUGGCGAAAAUGCAUCCGGCAACUUUUGCAUUAUAGAGGGACCGGAGACUGUACAGAACUUUGUUCAAAUGCCGUCACAGGAGAUUCAAGAUAAUAUACGGAGUAGGCGGAAUAAGAUAUUUCUUCUCAUGGAGGAGGUAAGGAGACUACGGAUACAACAACGUCUCAAGGGGAUGAAAGCUGUUCAUGAGGGUAAUUCAGAUGAGGCAAAUGAAAUGCCUGAGAUUCCAUCAUCUAUUCCCUUCCUUCCUCAUGUGACACCAAUGUCCUUGAAGAAGCUAUACUUGACGAGCUUUUCAUUUAUAGCAGGGAUCAUUUUCUUUGGAGGUCUUAUUGCUCCAACUUUGGAAUUAAAAUUAGGCUUAGGGGGCAUGUCUUAUGAGGAUUUCAUUCGCAGUUUGCAUUUGCCUCUACAACUGAGUCAAGUUGAUCCCAUAGUGGCAUCUUUCUCCGGUGGUGCUGUUGGAGUUAUUUCAGCUUUGAUGCUGAUUGAAGUUAACAAUGUCGAACAACAAGAGAAGAAAAGAUGCAAAUACUGCCAUGGAUCUGGAUAUUUGGCCUGUGCUCGAUGUUCGGCUAGUGGUGUAUGCUUAAGAACAGAACCAAUUUCGAUAAAUGGUGAUUUUAAUCGUCCCUUGCGAGUGCCAACUACACAAAGGUGUUCAAAUUGUUCGGGGGUAGGAAAGGUAAUGUGUCCUACUUGCCUUUGCACUGGGAUGAUAAUGGCAAGUGAACAUGAUCUCAGAAUAGAACCAUUCGACUAAGAUGGAACGGCUAAUGCAGUUGUUUGAAAGUGUCAAACUUGUUGACAAUGAAUGAGCACUUGUAAAUUUUUUUGGUAGUAGUGCUGUGGUCGAAACCCUAAAGCAAUCCUUGGGAGGAGAAAAAGGGGGGGAGUAGGAGUAUACAUUACAAUGUGUAAAAUAUGGUUGUAUACUUGUAUCACCUUGUACGACACCUUUGUCAAAUCUAUCAAAUGUCCAAUUGUAACAACAAACAAAUCAGGUAUAUGAUCAUUCAUACGAUUUCUUAAAGAAUAAUAUUAUACAUCAGUACAUCACACCCUCC